AUGGCAUCCAUGUCAGCAUCUGGUUCAUGGAGUAGUAAGGAGAAUAAAGCAUUUGAAAAGGCAUUAGCUGUGUUUGAUAAAGACACGCCUGACCGUUGGUCGAAUGUCGCGAAAGCUGUUGGAGGAGGGAAGACUGCUGAAGAUGUCAAGAGACACUAUGAACUUCUUGUUAGGGACAUUAGGCACAUUGAAUCAGGUCAUGUUCCAUUCCCAAACUACAACAACAAUGCUACCUUCGACGCCGAGAAAAGGUUUAGAAACAUGAAGCUUCAGUGA